AGAAUAUUCCAAAGAGUGGGGGCAUCCUCUGCUCUUACAGUUAGCUUGUUUGCUUUGCACAAAAUACAAAGCAAGGCUUGUUGAGCGUUACGCAGGGAAGAAGUCGCGUGGGCCGCUGCAAAAAUCAUGGAGUCAUUGAUAAAAAUGGGCUGGUUAUGAUGAGGAAGUUGGAAGACUGGGAAUGUCCAUUAAUUUGGAGAGAAGGCCCUGCAAAUUUGCAGCUGGCACAUCUAAAAGGAUUGGACAAGGCCCUGCACUUGUGUCUCUUAAGUUUAUCUACGGCUUGCAGGUCCAUCAUGAAAGAGGAUUGUAAUUGGGCAUUAUUAUAAUCACCAUUUUCAGGGUAUAGUCAUAGGGUGUUGCACUAUCAUCUUGUCUUUAUUCUGUCUUCUUGUUAUUCUGCAAUAGAAACAACAGAUAAAACUGCUUAUGGGAGGCUAGCAAUAGAACAUUUUGCAGAACGAACAGCAGAAAAUAUUAUUAUAACAAUCUUCGUGCCAUACCGAAAGAUCUGGAAAAGCACUCAGACACAGUGGGAAUGAAGAGAAGCUCAACUCAUCAAUUACAAAAAGUUUCUUUACUUGGAACAGGGCACAUCUGACGACAAUUUCUUUAACUAUCCCAGAUUCUUGGGAAGGAAUCAGCGGUCAAAAGUACUAAAUCCAAUCAGAGCUCUUUGUAGACUGUGGGUAAACAGCAACCCCAGAAUAACCACCUUGCCAAUUUUGCUCUUUUUGUGAUUUGCUUUUGAGGUGGAUAGUGUUCAAUGCAGCUGCUAUCCAACUUCUCACUCCUACCUUUCCUUUUUACAGGGGCAACUGGACAAACGAAGGAUGUGCCGAGAGCCCCCAAUAGAGAAAAGGGGGCCCUACAUUAUGAGCAAACCAUCGUCUAUUCAGAACAAGCUGCAAAAACAUCGUGAGAUGGCAAAGGCAAUGCUGCGGAGGAAGGGGGUGCUUUCAGGAGCUGUUCGGCAACAGCCCAAGCCAGGAGCCGUGAGGACGGUGAAAUUCAACAAAGGCUACACUGCACUCAGCCAGAUCUCGGAUGAAACCCUGGUGUCCCUUGAUUCCGACAGUGAUGACCUGGAAUCGAGAUGUUCCUCUGGUUAUUCCUCGGCUGAGGUCAACCAGGAUCUCAGUCGCCAACUGCUGCAAGACGGCUACCGCCUGGAUGAGAUCCCUGACGAUGAGGACCUUGAUCUCAUUCCACCCAAACCCAUUUCAUCCUCACCUUGCUCGUGUUGUUUUGGGGAGUCUGCCUCCUGCUCCAUCCAAUAGGAAGAAGGAUUGGAGGACUGCACUGCACGGGUCAAGAAUUCAGCACUUUUUCUCCCAACCCCCUCUCUCUCUUUUGGAUUUGUGGGUGCCUGCUGAGCCCGGCACAGAAUCCUAGGUCACACCAGCGGGGCAGGGGAACCCUGGAGGUUAGGCACCUGGAAGGGCAACGCAUUGCACUCUUGGCACCUUGCUUGGAGCUCUGAGCGUCCUCUCGGUGGUGCAACGUCCAAGUGUAUUGACUGCAGUUGUUCAGGAGGCUGGUGGGAUUCCCCUUGCAUAGAGUCACUUCUCUGGAUAGGCUCGGCACGCCUGAGGAGUAAUCGGAAGGCAAGAUCUCCCCAUAAAAGGUGAACAGAAAACCUUUGUGUGUGUGUGUGUGUGCAUGUGUGUGUAGAAGUGAACAAUAGCAAUUCUGAUACUAGUUUUACAAAAGACUGAUGUUGCCGAGGUCAAUAAAUGAAGAAAAAAAAACCCUCAAAGCUGCAUAGGGACAGAGGAUUUUCCUGGUCUGUCCAGGCUCCUGUAGUCUUGGGUUGCUUUUUCUGCAGGGGGAAAGGUCCUUGAGAUGUUUCUGCGUGAGCUCCUUAGGAUGGAGAUCUUGUCUCGCGCAAGAUGGGCAGAGCAGCUGGUGCCAAGUUUCUUGAGGACUUGGGCCUUCUUUUGGCCUCCAGCCAGCCUACUGAUGGCUUUGGUGCCUGGAACCAUGGAUUGCUGAUUACAUUCCCUUUGGGAAGUAGAAGGGGAGGUGGUUGAAGGUGACUGAGCUGGAAUCCAGCCUUUAAUUGACCUUAUGGAAGACUCCCAAGGCAACUUAACCAUAGCAAUAGCUUAUCCUUUACAGGUGAAGGGAUGGGCUCCCUCUCCUGUUUGAAGGUUGGCCCUCUCAGUUCCGUGGGCAGCCUGACAAUGAAACUGCUGAACUUAACAUGGGAGCGAUGGCUGACAUUUAGUAGCUGAACCAUUGAUUCCUUUGGUGAUUCUGAUGGGACUCGGUGCUGGUUUGGACCCACUUCCUUCCUUGGGAAGUUAAAGGGAAUAAUAGGGGAGGCUAAGUGAGGAGGACCAGGCUGAGCCAUCUUGGGUGCAUAGCCUCAUUUGUGCCCUGCCUGGCUUGGCCUAAUCAGGUUGGUAGGUCACUCAACGCUUUCAUGUUACUGAAAGAUCCAUUACUUUUAACAUUCUCUAACCUGGCGUCCUUCGGAUGGAUUGGAUUACAAAUCCCAUCAUUCCCAUGCAUAGAACCAGCAUCUGGAGACCAUCAAGUGAAUGCAGCGUGCUUUAAAUUAACCCAUAUAAAAGUACCCCUGCAUACCCUCAACCCAUUUCACCUCUGGAGCUUCUUGUAGGGGAAAAAAAGUAAAAGUUUUAGGCAGCUUGCACGGACAGUGUAAGUGUGCAACUUGUGUGCCAAGCAAUAGGAGGGAACAAGGGGGUAAGAUCUAAUCUUCCUGGAUCACCAGCACUGACUGACACAGAACAGAAAGGAUUUAUCGUUGACCGUUUUAAGUCGGUUGUUCUGAAGCAGCAUUUCUCAGCCAAGUGCUUCUCAGAGGCGUGGAUGGGGCAGCUGAAACAUCCAGCUCUAGUGACAAUGUGUGGUGGGAAUUUUGGGAGGGGGAUCAGCUGUACUCUAGGAGGGGGUAGUGGAGUUCAUCACCCUGAACUUGUCCAUCUUUGCUUCCUUGGUUGCAGGGGGGGCAGGGAUUCAGUGUUGUUUCUCAGGGCAUGUAGUUUGAUCGCUGAGGAUCUAGAGAUCUUCAACUGCAUCCCUGCAAGUUGAGGAUGUCCCAGUGUGAACAUCCUGGGCAUUUCAUUGCUGCUCACAGCCAAAAAAAGCUGUUUCUUCUUCAGACACGUCUUGUGACUCUAAGUCCACAUCUUCCCCGGCUUCAGUUGACAUUGUCCGGAGUGAAAUACAAAGAUGCUACUCUGGCAUCUGACUUGCUUCCAUUGGCACAAAUUACGCUGUCCUUUUUAAAGCUACUAGGCUGUCUUGUAUUAGUUAUCUGGAUUUUUCCACCCCAAAUCUGGUUGCUCCAGCCUUUUUUUUAAUCAAACGAUCCAACAUCAGUUACUGGCAGGUAGCAACUGUGCAUGCUGGGUUUUGUGCCCUGCUGGGGAACAUCACCAGCAAGUUAAUUUUUAAAAAAGCGACCUUGUGCAUACAAGUCUUUGUAGAAUUGGCUUGCUAGAGCUAUAAAAUCUGCAUUUCCCAACUGGAUUCCCUCCAUAUGUGCCGGAUUGCAAUAGCGAGAAUGUUCAGAAUUGAAGUCUUAACCAGUCAGGAAAAUACCAGGUUGGAGAAAACUGUACUAAACUAAAACAGUAACUUUGUGGUUUGGGUUCCCUUUUUUAAAAGCUGCUGUUCCUUUCCUUUAUUAGGAACAUGGGCUUUGUGGUAGGAUCACCACAGGUGGUUUCUCCAGGACAGAAAGUAAAAUGUUCACGAUGGAGCUCAUGUUACUUAUGCAUAGCUAGUUCAAUAAGCUUUAAUGACAUGUAUCUUCACAGAGGCUUAGCAUUUAAGGCUUGGAUGGGACUAAAAGCAUUUAGUCCAAACCCCUGGCCAGAGCAGAUAUCUACAUAUAUAAUUUUGCAGGGGAGGACCGAAAACACUAGCGGCAUUGUAGAAACACAGCCUUCCUCAGCUCCCUGCUACAAAGCCGAGGGAAUGGAUGUUUCUACAUAUAUGGGCAUUUUUAGAGUAGAGAUCACUAAAUCUGCCCAGUAGAGUUUUUUAAAGCUGCCUUAAAACACUGAAAUGCAUUAUAUGAAGUUUUUUUUUUUAAACUGAACUGCACAGAGGACAAUCUUAUGGGAUAUUUAAUAUUAUUGUAUACUCAGUUAAUUGUGUGUCCUUUUUUUUUGUACAUUCUAACCAAGGAAAAUGUCUAUCAAUAAAAUACCUUCUACUAGACACCCUUGUAUCUUUGUUUAGCUGAAACUGAUCAUCUUCUGAUCUUGCUAAGAAUGCCAACUAUAGACUUUUUGAUCAGUGUACUCAUCCUUAUGCUGGGUUUGUUAUAGCAUGCUAAAAAAACAGGUUCAUAGCAUGCCACACCUGGGUGAGCAAAGUAUUAUGGCUUAAUGUGGUGGCUGGAUUUGCACAGUAUGUAAGGCUAGCCCAGUGUU